GGGGCUGGCCGCACGUCGGGCGCCAGGCCCGGGGCUGUGGGCACCGUGCCCAGCCCCCGGCGCACGCCGAGCCGCCGCCGCCGCCGCCACCACCACCGCCGCUGCAGUCAGCAUCUAUCAGCGGGCGGGGGUGUCGCGGAACAGGCUGCUCCGCAGAGCCCGUCGCGACCCCGCGCCGCCCCGCCCCGCGGCCUGCCGGGCAGAGGAGCCGAGGGGGCCGCCCCUCUCCCAACCUGCCCGAGAUGGGGACCCCUGGGCCCAGGCGUGCUGGUCACCAUGACAACAGAAACAGGCCCCGACUCUGAGGUGAAGAAAGCUCAGGAGGAGACCCCACAGCAGCCUGAGGCUGCCGCCGCUGUGACCACCCCUGUGACCCCCGCAGGCCACAGCCACCCAGAGGCCAACUCCAAUGAGAAGCAUCUUCCCCAGCAGGACACGCAGCCUGCUGAACAGAGCCUAGACAUGGAGGAGAAGGACUACAGUGAGGCCGACGGCCUGUCGGAGAGGACCACGCCCAGCAAGGCCCAGAAGUCACCUCAGAAGAUUGCCAAGAAAUACAAGAGUGCCGUCUGCCGGGUCACUCUGCUUGAUGCCUCGGAGUAUGAGUGUGAGGUGGAGAAACAUGGCCGGGGCCAGGUGCUGUUUGACCUGGUCUGUGAGCACCUCAACCUCCUGGAGAAGGACUACUUCGGCCUGACCUUCUGUGAUGCCGACAGCCAGAAGAACUGGCUGGACCCCUCCAAGGAGAUCAAGAAGCAGAUCCGGAGUAGCCCCUGGAAUUUUGCCUUCACAGUCAAGUUCUACCCCCCUGAUCCUGCCCAGCUGACAGAAGACAUCACAAGAUACUACCUGUGCCUGCAGCUGCGGGCAGACAUCAUCACGGGCAGGCUGCCCUGCUCCUUUGUCACGCACGCCCUGCUGGGCUCCUACGCUGUACAGGCUGAGCUGGGCGACUAUGAUGCCGAGGAGCAUGUGGGCAACUAUGUUAGCGAGCUCCGCUUCGCCCCUAACCAGACCCGGGAGCUGGAGGAGAGGAUCAUGGAGCUGCAUAAGACAUACAGGGGGAUGACCCCAGGAGAAGCAGAAAUCCACUUCUUAGAGAAUGCCAAGAAGCUUUCCAUGUACGGAGUAGACCUGCACCAUGCCAAGGACUCUGAGGGCAUCGACAUCAUGUUAGGUGUCUGUGCCAAUGGCCUGCUCAUCUACCGGGACCGGCUGAGAAUCAAUCGCUUUGCCUGGCCCAAGAUCCUCAAGAUCUCCUACAAGAGGAGUAACUUCUAUAUCAAGAUCCGGCCUGGGGAGUAUGAACAAUUUGAGAGCACAAUUGGCUUUAAGCUCCCAAAUCACCGGUCAGCCAAGAGACUGUGGAAGGUCUGCAUUGAGCAUCACACAUUCUUCCGGCUGGUGUCCCCUGAGCCCCCACCCAAGGGCUUCCUGGUGAUGGGCUCCAAGUUCCGGUAUAGUGGGAGGACCCAGGCACAGACCCGCCAGGCCAGCGCCCUCAUUGACCGGCCUGCACCCUUCUUUGAGCGUUCUUCCAGCAAACGGUACACCAUGUCUCGCAGCCUUGAUGGAGCAGAGUUCUCCCGCCCAGCCUCGGUCAGCGAGAACCAUGAUGCAGGGCCUGAAGGUGACAAGCGGGAGGAGGAUGGCGAGUCUAGGGGCCGAAGGUCAGAGGCCGAGGAGGGAGAAGUCAGGACCCCAACCAAGAUCAAGGAGCUAAAGCCGGAGCAAGAAACCACGCCGAGACACAAGCAGGAGUUCUUAGACAAGCCAGAGGACGUCUUGCUGAAGCACCAGGCCAGCAUCAAUGAACUCAAGAGGACCCUGAAGGAGCCCAACAGCAAACUCAUCCACCGGGAUAGAGACUGGGAACGGGAGCGCAGGCUGCCCUCCUCACCAGCCUCCCCCUCCCCUAAAGGCACCCCCGAGAAAGCCAAUGAGUCCCAGAGGACCCAGGACAUCUCUCAGCAGGACUUGGUACCUGAGCCUGGAGCAGCCGCAGGCUUGGAAGUGUUCACUCAGAAAAGCCUCGCAGCAUCUCCUGAGGGUUCAGAGCAUUGGGUAUUUAUAGAAAGACAGUACACUAGGCCAGAAGAUCUCGGUCUCCUAAAAGUGACCACCACGCAGCAGGAAGAAAGGCAGGCAGACCUUGCUGGUAUCCUUGCCGACGGCAGACUCUCCAAGGUAGACAUUCUGGUGGACAAGUUCAAAGUGGAAGUGGCCAUGGAAGAAAUGGUGGGAACCAGAAGAGCAAACACCCAGCAACGAGGAAGAAUGAUUGCAAGUCCUGAAGACUUUGAGUCAGUGUGGGAGGAAGUCCCUUGGAUUAGGGAAGGCCCAGAAGGGGCUGCCCUGGCAUCAGGCCACACAUUGGCAGAAAAGCUCCUUGAGGGCUCUGAGCUCAGGGCAGAUACUAGAGAGGCAACCAUCAGGAACCGCUGCAUGUCAGAUGGUCAGCUGGAGGGCCAGACAGAGCUGAGAAAGGGGUUGGAGGAGCCCCACACUUGUGGGAGGCCCACUGCUCCAGGGACCAGGCCAGCAGAGGUGGACAUCCUCUCUUCAGCCUCCAACAAGGGAGGACUCCAGUCAUUUCUAUUGGAUCCAGUCCACACAGAAGUCAGAGCUGAGUCGAGCGACGAAACUGAUACCUCCUUUGCAGAGAGGAGCUUCUAUUUAAACUAUGAAGAAAAAGACUUAGAAGACCAAGUCUUCCCCCUACCCCUAGAGGAGAGACAAGGGCGCCUGGAUGCCCCUCCUGGAGGUGAGCCCAGGCCAUCACCGAAUUCCUCAGACCUGAGGGGUUCUGCCACCGCUUCUAGCAGGAGCAAGGACAAAGCCCACAUGGCUUCCCCAGAGGAAGGGGCAAGGACCCUUAAGAACCAUGGAGGACCUGGUGACCUGAAGGGACCUACUGCAGCACAGACAUUUGCUGGAGACUACGAAGAUGUCCAGUGGGGAGUGGAAGGAUCGUUUACCCACCCAACAGCCAGCACAGCCUGUGAGGAGGAGGCCCCCAUGAGUGGAGAUUUGCUGGUAAAGGCUGAGAAAAGUCCCACAGAGGAACUGAAGAACCGCCCUCCUCACAGAGGAGGAGGUAUGCGUCCCGACCCCCAGGCCUGCACCCUUCCUCGGGCCGUCCCUCUGAAUGUCAGGAAGCCAGCCAAACCAGACAGAGGCAACUUCCCACCCAAAGACAGGGGAGCAGUUCCUACCCAGAAAGGUGGGGCUGAGCUGAAAGACUGCGAGGCCUCAGCAUUUCUUCACAUGGAGGUGAUCAUCCCUCUGCCGGCCUCCCCCAGUCAUUCAGAGGACCUGGCAGCUCAGGAGGAAGCUUCUCCAAGCCCAGCCUCCCAUGGGUCAGGGGAGCCCUCAGAGCUCAGGGAGCCCUUUCUCAGACAUGUCCAUCUUUCGAAAGUCAGUCCAGAGCCCAAGGACCAAGCAAGGUUUGUGGUGUCCCCUAACACAGGAGGUGAGCGCAGGCCACCUCCCAUUACCAGCAGAAAGCCCAGAGUAGUCCCUGAAGAAGGUGAGGGGCGCAUACCUUUGGGGUUAGUGUUCCCUUCAGGGAAGCAAAGGGAGAGGACCUCUUUCCAGGCUGGGGGCCAAGAGGGCUCCCUAGAAGAUAUUAGCAAGACCUCAGUGGCCAAUAAAAUUCGGAUAUUUGAGACCCAUGGAGCUGAAACUCGCCGAAUAAGCCAGGGUGAUGCAAAGGCCCUUCCAAAUGACUUGUCAUCAAAGGCCUCUGUGGGAACUGCAGAGUGGCAGUGGAGUAUGCUCUCAGACCUGGGCUUUGUCCAGCUCCAGCCCCCAGAGGACUUUGCUGGCCCCAAAGCCACAGUGAUGCCCCUGGCUACCAGGCACGUUGGGGAGGACACUUCUACAUCCCACCAGGAAGUACACACAGAACUGGGGCCCAUGUCCCCCGAUUCGGGCUGUGAAACCACACUGGCAGAAGCUACUGGAACUGGGAACAAAUCCGGAGAUGCGGUCAGGGAAGAGAAAUGCUCCACCAACUUAGCAGCCAACACCCCUGGGAAGGGGGGGCUCCUGAGAUUCGCCAGCCCCUCAGGCCCUCAGAGAGCAGGGCUGAGGGAGGGCUCCGAGGAGAAAGUCAAACCACCACGUCCCCGGGCCCCAGAGAGUGACACGGGCGACGAGGACCAGGACCAGGAGAAGGACGCGGUAUUCCUGAAGGACAACCACCUGGCCAUUGAGCGCAAGUGCUCCAGCAUCACAGUCAGCUCUACGUCCAGCCUGGAGGCUGAGGUGGACUUCACGGUCAUUGGUGACUACCACGGCAGCGCCUUUGAAGACUUCUCCCGCAGCCUGCCUGAGCUCGACCGGGACAAAAGCGACUCAGACACUGAGGGCCUGGUGUUCUCCCGGGAUCUCAACAAGGGGGCCCCCAGCCAGGAUGAUGAGUCUGGGGGCAUAGAAGACAGCCCGGAUCGAGGGGCCUGCUCCACCCCGGAUAUGCCCCAGUUUGAGCCCGUGAAAACAGAAACCAUGACUGUCAGCAGUCUGGCCAUUAGAAAGAAGAUUGAGCCAGAGGCCGUACUGCAGACCAGAGUCUCCGCUAUGGAUAACACCCAGCAGGUUGAUGGGAGUACCUCAGUGGGGAGGGAGUUCAUAACAACCACUCCCUCCAUCACCACGGAGACCAUAUCGACCACCAUGGAGAGCAGUCUCAAGUCCGGGAAGGGGGCAGCUGCCAUGAUCCCAGGCCCACAGACGGUGGCCACGGAAAUCCGUUCUCUUUCUCCGAUCAUCGGGAAAGAUGUCCUCACCAGCACCUACGGCGCCACUGCGGAAACCCUCUCAACCUCCACCACCACCCAUGUUACCAAAACUGUGAAAGGAGGGUUUUCUGAGACGAGGAUCGAGAAGCGAAUCAUCAUUACUGGGGACGAAGAUGUCGAUCAAGACCAGGCCCUGGCUUUGGCCAUCAAGGAGGCCAAACUGCAGCAUCCUGAUAUGCUGGUAACCAAAGCUGUCGUAUACAGAGAAACAGACCCGUCCCCAGAGGAGAGGGACAAGAAGCCACAGGAAUCCUGACCUCUGUGAAGAGAUCCUGGCAUUUCUGGUCCAACCCAAGCCAGAGAACCAUUAAGAAGGGGCCUUCAUUCUGGAUUCUCCAACGCAACACCGACGUCCCAGCUGCGACGUACUGUCACUAACGAGAGACUGGGAAGGGAAAAGCAUAUAUAUAUAGAUAUAUAGAGAUAUAGAUAUAUAUACAGGAAACACCGCGUCCUUGCACUGCUGCUGGGGCUGGCAGAGCAGUUGGCCGAUAGCAACAACCAACAUCUGAACACCUACAUUUCCUUUGCAGACAAAUUGAAGAACUGGUGGAAUUUUUUUUUUUCCAGGAAAAAAAAUUAUAAUAACCAUAAUCCCUUGCUCACCCCUUUCCCCCUGCCAAAUAACAAAAGCAAGCCAGACCACGAUGAUUGUAGAAGUCCCGCCCACCCUGCUUCUGCACGUUGCAGUUAGCAGACAAGCGAUUCCAUUUGUUCUUCUCCAGCAUCUCUGUUGCCCACUCGAAUGCAAAGGAAAACACUCACGCAGCAAAGCAAGAGAAGUCGCAGCAGCAAGACAUGCACAGCCAACCAUUUUCUGAGAAAGAAAGAAAGAAAAUUCCCCACUUGGAAAGAAAGAGAAGGAACACUGGAUUCUUACUUUCUGGAUCUUGACACUGGGCUGCAAAAUCCACCAUCCUCUCUCCCGCCUCCCCUCACCCUCAACUCUCAAUGUCUUGCUGUCACUUUCUGUCUCGGCUUCUUCCUCCCCCUUCCCCCACCCCACAUGCCUCACCCUCUGUGUCCUGGUCCUGCUGAGGGCCACUGCGGAUGACUCUCCUUUGAAAUGAGGAAAAGGAAAGAAAGCAAGUACAGAAAAUGAAGCCACAGGAAGGGAAGUAGACAUUGUAUGUUUAUGGUUUCUCAUGAUGAAGGUGCAGCUUGUAGGAGAUUUGUACGGAUGUGCUUUUAAGUUAUGUAUAUUACAUAUAACAGGAAACAAAUAUUAAAAUAAACAGUGCUGGUAAGUAUGAAGCUGACAUUCUAACAUUGUAAUUAUCUGUGAUUGAUGUAUCCUGAGGUUCCUAGAUCUCACUGAACUGGCCCAGCUAAGGAGACCUGGACUCUGGGUGUGGCUUGGCUCACAGUAGGGGCUGAUGGGUUCAGUGUAGUAAUACUGUGUGUGGUGUUUGUAAUUGGUUGAUUGGUGGGGAGGGGUGGGACCCCAUAAUGAAGAGGUGGAGGUUUGGCAAGAAAGACGCAACGCAGAUGUCCCCAAAAUGCCAGUCCGAGAUGCCUUCUCCCUGCCCCCCAGAUAGUAGUAGCAGUCAGGGCCUGGUCUGUGCUCAGGCACGGGGUCCCCAGUUUGGGACUCUGCUGCUGAAGUUCCCACAGUAGAGGUUCCUGGCUUAGUCCUCCUACCUCCCUAUGGGGAUUGCCUUGGUUUUCAGUCUUCUCUUUCUCUCUCUCUCUCUCUCUUUUUUUUUUUUCCACAUCCUGCCCUUCCCUGACCCCAUUAUAAUAACCAACUCCAUAUGUAUAUAUCCAAAGGGACGUGGUGCUCCCAGCCAUAGUAGAAGAUGGUGGCUUGAACCUGUCUAAACAUUCUCAGCUCAGUCUUUUCCUCUACCCCGUCUGAAUCAUUUGUUCCGAAUCAUUUCUUCUUCUGGGGCCAAAGUAGCCAUGGUAAGGGGGCUGCAUGGGGCAGACCCUGAGAUCCAAAACUGUAUUUGCAAAGGGCUCCCCUGUCAAAGCUGAGCGAGACAGGCGGUACUGCUCAAAGGCUCCAGCUCUGCAUCAGAACUUGGCUUUAGAGACCUCCCUCUCAGUGAACAUCUGAGCUCUGGGCUUGUGCCCAGAAAUUGCCCCAAGACCACAGGAGCCCUUCAAGAAGCUCCCGUUGCAAGCUUGGCAUUGCCCUCUGCCACAUGUGGGCUUCCUCAAGCCUGCCUGUCACAAGCUACUUCUCUGAGCUCAGCAAGUGCUCCUUGAUGAGGGAAAAUGUCCCACUGCACUGCUCAUUUCUCAGUUCCAUUUACCUCCCAGGCCUCUUUCUCAAGCAGUUAAUAAAGUUAUUCCACAAGUAUUUACUGAUUAUCUGCUUGUGCCAGGGACUAUUCUCAGGCUGAAGGAGAAGGUAGGAGGGGAGGGUGGAGCCUGAGAAGCCACCCAAGCCAGCUUUAUAUUUCAACCAUGGCUGGAACAUCUGAGAGCAUCUCCCCACUCUUGCCAACCUAUAGGGCAUUGCCCAGGGAUACUCCCAGGUGGCCCAGAUGCGCCCCCUUGGUUGGCUUGUCAGUGAUGGCAUGCACCUUAGCUGCUUAGCUGGUGCUGGCCUGAGGCAGGGCAGGAAAUCAGAACAGCAUUUGCUUCUCUGGGCAAGUGGGAAGUUCAGUGGGGCAGCAGAAUCAGCUGCAUUCCCCGUGAUGUGGGCCAGUGGGCCCACUCCAACCCCCCUAAGUGCAGCAGCACACUUUCCAUACACCGGGUUCUUUCUGCAGUCCUGGUGGGAAAGCCACAGAACCUUCUUCCUGCCCUUGUUAACUCUCUUUCUGGGUCAAGAGCUGGAGUGGUGGCUCUAUCCUCUUUGGGCCAACUUUGGUCCAGGAGCUCAUCUUUGCAGGAGCCAGGAGUCCUGAGCACAGUGGACACACUCAGAGGGAGGGUCCUUGUUCUGGAUUGUGCACCUGGCUUCAGGGCAGGGAUGACGUGACCAGGCUUAGCUUGUGGAGCUUGUGGGCCACCUGGGUUUUGGGAGAUCACCAUCCCAUGGAUGCUCUGACCUUCCUUCUAUGGAGACGCAGGCAGUGCCACUAGGGAGGAGGGGACCUGCAAAGCUAGAAUCUAGGGCACUGUUUCCUCCCCAUCCUCCUCUUUGUAGAGAAUAGAGAUGUUUGUCUUGUCUGUCUUCAACCUACUUUUCUCUUUUUUGUUUCUCAUCCUCUGUGCCGCCUCUCCACCCAGGAGACCACGUAGCAUAGUGGGAAAAGUCCUGGAGGGCGGUCAGGAGUUCUGCGUGACCAUCCUAGCUCAGCUCCUAACACCAUGUGACAUCAGGCUAUCCCUCUUCCCCUUCUUGGGCCUCAGUUUCCCGACUUGCAAAAUAAGCAGAGAGAACCAGAUGCUCUCCAGGGUCUUUUUCUACUCUGCCAUCUCACGGGUCUUCAUUUUCUCUUAUUUUGUUUUUUCCGGAUCUUUUUCAUCUGAGGGUAUAGGAAGUGCCAGGACCUGUUUCAGUUUUUGAAUCCUACAAGCACAUUCCAAGACCGGCCUGAAAUUGCAUGAGCAACAUCACUCGAAAUACUUUUUUUUUUUUCAAAAGCACCUUAACAAUCAAUUGCGAUGCUGUCCUGUUCCUUUUUACUCACACCCUUCUCUCCUCUCUCGUCCCCAUGCUCCCCCACCUCAGUGCUCCGUGCUGUAUGCGUGUGCUCUCUGUUCUUGUAUACUCAAUAAAAGUGAAAUAAAUGUGUUUAAUGCCG